UUCAAAUUUCCAUCAGACAAGCAGACCCAAACCAAGAGUCUUUCCCUCCCCCAAAAAGUUCAGAUGAAGCUCCUCUCCUCCAUCUCCAAUAGGCGGCCCUCCUCCUCCCUCUGCCUCGCUGCCCUAUCCUUCAUCUUCUUCACCACCAUCCUCAAGCUUUCAUUUAUAAAAUACCUAGUGAUCGGCCCCAUCACCAGGGAACAAGCCAAAAUUCCCCAAGAAGGAGACCGGGAAGAAUUGGCAGGUGAGAAGAAUACUGCUGGCAUCCCGUUUGCUGUUGGAAGGAUGGAGGGGUGCGACGUGUUCAGCGGCAGAUGGGUCUACGACGAGGCGUCGAGGCCUCUCUACACCGAGAGACAAUGCCAUUCCAUCGACCCCAUGACCAACUGCCAAGCUUAUGGAAGGCCUGACACCGCAUAUUUGCAUUGGAGAUGGCAGCCUCAUGGGUGUUCCCUGCCGAGCUUCAAUGCCACAUUUUUGCUCGAAAGACUUCGAGGGAAAAGAAUGCUCUUUGUAGGAGAUUCAUUGACUAGAGGUCAAUUCCACUCCAUGAAAUGUCUCCUACGUGAUUUCAUUCCCUCAAACACCAAAUCCAAGAAACGCUUCACUGUUCCGGAUUACAACCUCACCAUUAGGUUCCACUGGGCUCCGUUUCUCGUCACCUCAAACUGCGACCAUCCCAGGCUACACCGGAUGCCGGAUAGAAUAAUUCACGAGUAUCCUGGAACCAUUGAGAAGCAUGCUGAGCGUUGGAAGAACGUUGAUGUUAUGGUCUUCAACACAUAUGCGUGGUGGAAACCGGGGGAAAAGAUGAAAAUUGUACGAGGGAAUCAGGAUAAGACGUACACGGAGUUGAUGGAAACAGAGGACGCAUACCAGCUGGUGUUGAAGAGGAUGGUGAGCUGGUUGGAGAAGAACAUGGAUCCCAACAAGACCAGGAUCUUCUUCACAACCAUGUCAUCUGCUCAUUAUAGGAGUACCGAGUGGGGAGGUAAGCUGGGUGGUAGUUGCUAUGGUGAAACAACUCCAAUAUUUGAUCCAACAUAUUGGAGCUCCGCGUCUAGCAAAAGAAUAAUGCAGGUGGUUAGAGAAGUAUUUGGCAGUUCGAAGGUACCCAUCACUAUUCUCAACAUCACCCAGCUCUCAGCAUAUCGGAAGGAUGCACACACCUCGAUCUAUAAGAAGCAGCCAUAUAAUUUAACACAAGAGCAACAGGCAAACCCUAUAAGCUACGCUGACUGCAACCAUUGGUGUUUGCCUGGUGUUCAAGAUACUUGGAACGAGCUCUUCUAUACCGAGCUCUUCUUUCCUCAGCAACAUGCUUGGAUUUAUUUAAAAUGAUAGCAAACCAUUCUCCUCAUUAGAAUGUUUUAUACUUGUAGUCAUCCUCGAUCAUUUUUUAGAUUUAUUUCCUGUAAUCUACAAGAUUUUGGUUUUAUAUCCCUUCCUUUGACAUGUUAUUCUGCAUUUUCUAAUGUUGUAAUUUGUGAAUGUGGCAAUAGUCCGCCCAUGUCAUGCAGCA